CUGUUCAGUAAUAAAAUGCAGGGCAGAGUUCUUUCAUUGCUUCCUGCUUUCAUUUGAACGCAAAGCACACAUCAGGAGAGCAGGACAGAGUUAACCACAGUGAUCCAGCCAUGGAUAUUCACAACCAAACAGACCAAAUAGACAACUCAUUCGGAUACGACUCUGUCAUCUUUGGCUUCCUGUACAUACUGAUCUUCAUAGUUGGCCUGCUUCUGAACUCCAUGGCUGUCUGGGUGUUCUUCCAGAUCCAGACGCAGCAGCGAACCUUCAUGCUAUAUUUGCGCAAUAUGGCAGUGGCUGACCUCCUCAUGGCCCUCACGCUACCAAUCAACAUGCUCAUUGAGAUCAAGUACAAAUCUUCUCUGGUUCAAGUCGUGUCAUGUAAAUACACAGCCGUGCUUUUCUACUGCUGCAUGUACACCAGCAUCCUCUUCCUCGGAUUGGUGGCUCUGGAUCGCUACUUAAAGAUCGUGAGACCGUUCGGUGGAACGUGUGGUGCUUGUCUGUACAGUUACUCAUUCACCAUAGCCAUGGCUUUUAUGGUGUGGUUUGCAAUGAUAUCUCUUUCACUUCCCAAUACAAUACUAACCAAUCAGACUAUCCCAGAUACCAUGAACUGUGCAGAUAUAAAGACUGAGCUCGGUAAAACAUGGCACCAAGUGGUGGUAUACACCAACAUACUGAUCUUCUUCCUAGUUCUGAUCAUCCUGCUCACCUGCUACAUGUCCAUCUACAGACACAUCCAUCAAUCCUCUGCCCAGUUUAUCAUGGUCGGAGAGACACUCCCGCGUAAGGCCAAGAAAGGGCAGAACAUUCUUGUCUUACUGGUUGUGUUUUUUAUCUGCUUUGUGCCUUAUCAUCUAUGUAGGAUCCCGUUCACCAAAAGUCAAACUAAUAAAGGUCCGAUAUCGUAUUCAUUGAUAAUUGGGAAAAAGGCGACACUUUUGUUGGCUAUGUUCAACGUGUGUCUGGACCCGAUUAUUUACUUCCUCAUGUGCAAGUCUUUUAGGAGUAAGCUAUUUCAAAUACUGGGAUUCCAGACACUCAGUAACAAAAUGUCCACGUACUCUAGAACAUCUUCAAGAAAAACAGUAGUAGUGAUGAUGUUUAAGGAAAGCCCACCUUGAUAAGGAAAAUCAGUGUUGUAUGGACAUUAAAGUAUAUAUAAAUUAUGACAAUUGAUAAAUGCCAUAUAUAGACACUCAAUAGCUAGUUUAAGAAGCUCACCCAAACUGGAAAAAGAACAGCUGAUGUCUUUCCAAUCUUCAAUUGUACAGUUUCCAUGAGCCUGUAGCCUCCAAUUUGUCUUCUUGGUUAAAGUGACACAGGUCGAUGUAUUAAAAAGAUGAAUAGUACCCUGUGGAGCUAGAAUAACCCCUAGGUACUUGAAUCACACACUAUUGCCUGCUGCCUCAUGCCUGUGAAGGAGAACGAGCUGGAAAAACACCACGCGCUGGCCAAAGUUUAUCCCCUUUAUAAUAUUAUAAUGAGCGAGGUCGCAACAAACAUGGCGGAACCGGCGGCCUCUGACACAGACGCGAGCGCUCAAGAGCCUUCAAGCUCACAGGUGUGUUUAGAUUUGGAAUAUUUCAAUUCUAACCUGUAGAAAAGUUGAUGUAAUAAGUAAAGACACCAAUUAGCAUUAUUUUGUAAGCUGUCAUUGCACUGACCUGGGUGAGUCGCCAUGUUUGCUGUGGCUCCGCGGUCGCGACCUCUGACUCACGCAUGACCUCACGUGACUUUUCCGAACUGGCUGCUGAGCGAGUGGUUUGUAAACAGCCUAACACGUGGUUAGGACGCCCCACGUUAGGAAAUAAAAUGUAUUGAAACAAAAUGAUGCAUACCAGCUAUGGGGAUGGGUAUCAGCUCAAACAAUUCAGAAAGGGGAGUGGAUUAAAUGAUUCCUGAACCAGCACAUCGACCUGUGUCACUUUAACAGGACUGGAACACGAUGUGGUCUUCUGCUGUUGAAGACCAUCUGUCUCGGGUUUCACCACUGUUGUGUUUUCUGAGAUGCUUUCUGCUCACCAUGGUUGUAAAGAGUGGUUAUUUGAGGUACUGUAGCCUUCCUGUCAGCUCGAACCAGUCUGGCCAUUAUCCUCCAACAUUGGUCAUCAGCAAAGCAUCUUUGCUUGCAGAGCUGCCUCAGGAGUUUUUUUGUUGUUGUUGUUUUGUUUUUUUAAUGAGUUCGUUUUCACACUUUCCACUUGUGUCAGCAGCUUCUAAAAUACUAGCUAAAACAACCAUGCCAUCCUCAUGAAGGUCACAUUUGUUUUCCCAAUUUUGAUGCUUGAUGUAAAUAUUAACUGAAGGUCCUUGCGUGCAUCUGUAUGGUUUCAUGCAUCACGCUGCAGCCACUUGAUUGGUUGAUUAAAUAAUUGCAUGAAUGUAUAGGUGUUCCUACUGACAUGGACAUUAAGUGUACAUAAACUGUAUAUAUACACAGUAUUGUGCAAAAGUCUUAGGCACAUCUAAAGAAAUGCUGUCAACCAAAAAUGGCUUAAAAAAUCUCAUCUCAUCUCAUUAUCUCUUGCCGCUUUAUCCUUCUACAGGGUCGCAGGCAAGCUGGAGCCUAUCCCAGCUGACUACGGGCGAAAGGCGGGGUACACCCUGGACAAGUCGCCAGGUCAUCACAGGGCUGACACAUAGACACAGACAACCAUUCACACUCACAUUCAUACCUACGGUCAAUUUAGAGUCACCAGUUAACCUAACCUGCAUGUCUUUGGACUGUGGGGGAAACCGGAGCACCCGGAGGAAACCCACGCGGACACGGGGAGAACAUGCAAACUCCGCACAGAAAGGCCCUCGCCGGCCCCGGGGCUCGAACCCAGGACCUUCUUGCUGUGAGGCGACAGCGCUAACCACUACACCACCGUGCCGCCCCGGCUUAAAAAAUAAUGAAAUUAAAUGAUUCAACAUUAAAAAAAUAUGAUAAACAGUAAUUAGUAAGCCAUAAGAAAUGAAACAAAGUCAAUAUUUGGUGUGAGAUGACCCUUCGCUUUAAAAAAAAAAUAGUCGUCUCAGGUACAAUGAGUGCAGUUCUAUAAGGAAAUGAGCUGUAGGUUUUACUGAGCAUCUUGCAGAACCAGCCACAGUUCUUCUGGACACUUUGAGUGUCACACUUGCUUCUUAAUUUGGCACCAAAACCCAGUACCCUUCAUUAUGUUUUCUUUUUUAAUCUGAAAGGUGGGCUCUGACGUAUUAUGCUGUUCAGAUACAAAAAAAUUUUCUGUAACAUUUAAUUUUGUGCUGGGAAAAAGAUGAACGUUUGGAACUCUAAAAUGUUUUUGUAAUGUUUUGACUCGAUAAUGUAGAAGUCAUAAAAUAGAAAUCUAGAACAAAGUUUGUAUAAAAAAAUGGGGUGCUUCAGACUUUUGCACAGUACUGUAUGUGUAUUAUUAUUAUUAUUAUUAUUAUCAUCAUCAGAAUGUAUAUGUAUUGUUUAUUGACAUCACUCAAUUUUAUUUUUAUAUGAAAAAUAACUUAAAGGAUCUAAUCACUUUUUGUUGUCAUGGAGAAUAUAACAGUGAAAGUUUUAUAUUUGUAUAAAGCAAGCUCAUCUCUUUUUAUAUGACUGUUUGUAUGAUGAAAAUUGUUAAAAUGAGCAGUAUUUAAUGGUAAAACUGUCUUCUGAAAUCAUAUAGAAUGACUAUAAAGAAACAUCUUUGAUUAAAACUGCAGUACUUUUAACAGUG